UGCACUGAAUAUAAUAGAGAUGCAGAAGCAAUUGUUCUCCGUUUUAUUGUCCAUUUAAUUUUCUGAUAUCUUGAUAUGCCUGCUAAAGCCGCCCCCAAAAAAGGAGCCAAACGAGGCUUCACUAAGAAGGCCAGAAAGGGAGGGAAGAAACGCCGCAGGACCAGGAAAGAGAGCUAUGCUAUCUACGUGUACAAGGUGCUGAAACAGGUGCAUCCGGACACCGGAAUCUCUUCCAAGGCCAUGAAAAUCAUGAACAGCUUCGUCCACGAUAUGUUCCAGCGCAUCGCUUGCGAAGCAUCUCGCUUGACCCACUACAACAAGCACGCAACCAUCGCGUCCAGGGAGGUUCAGACCGCUGUACGCCUUCUGUUACCCGGAGAGCUGGCUAAACACGCCGUAUCCGAGGGUACCAAGGCUGUCACCAAGUACACCAGUUCCAAGUAAAGACCUCACAACACCGACCCAAAGGCUCUUUUAAGGGCCACCCACUUUUUUCAAAGAACUAUCCAUUUAACAAAUAUUGUAUACGGUAUUUACUAUAGGUGCUUUACAAUUGUCUGAACAAAACAUUGCCUUGCCUUUAAAAAUGAGUUGCCUAAACAGAAUAAUAAAGUUAGCUCAUUCUGUCACCAGAGCCAGCAGUAACGCCAGUUGUCAUGGCUAGCGUGGGUAUUAACUGGUGAACACGGGCAAACAAAGUAAUAUACAAGCGGACUAUACCCAUGGUGGCUUGAUAACUUACAAAGAUUGAUCAAAGCUUGGCACUGAUAGAACGCUUAAAUAACAGAUAUAUAUCUU